GGUCCCGCCCACGUGUUUUCCUGAGGCGGAGCGGAAGUGAUUGUCGUAUUGCAUUGUGGGGAGUGUGGUUCCGGUGUGUAGAAGCUGCCCGGGCCGGAGCAGACUACAACUCCCAUAAUCCUAGUACCGAGCGACCUCUGCGGAUACUGAGCUCACCCGGAGACCCCCGCAGACCCGCCCGGUGACCGGACAACAUGAGAGACAGACAAAAGCGCCGCAGGGAACGCACGUGGGCCGAGGCCGCCAAGAUGGUUCUAGAGAAUUAUUCAGAUGCACCAAUGACCCCCAAACAGAUACUGAAUGUGAUUGAGGCCGAGGGUCUAAAGGAGACAAAGAGCGGAUCUUCCCCUCUCGCUUGCCUGAACGCCAUGUUACAUUCCAACGCCAGGACACGGGAGGCGCUGUUCUACAAGCUACCUGGCCGCAUUAGUCUUUUCACCAUGAAGAAGAAUGCAGUGCAUUGGUCUCGUGUGGUGUCACUGCCAGAUGAUGGAGGCACAGAGGACACAGCAGAUGAAGAAGGAAGCCAGUGGGAGGAGGGCAGCUCAGUGCCUGCAGCAGAAACGUCCGGCAAUGCAUCCUCCUCUCGCGAGUCACAUGUCAGGGAAACCCAGUCCCUAGUACAGAUAAAUAAGCAGAAAAGAAGCGGGGUGUUGCUGCCUCGGGUCGUCCUUACUCCACUCAAAGUAAAUGGGGCUCAUCUGCCAUCUACUUCAGGUCUGUCUGUCCGCCGUGUAGAAAGCGAAGCCUCUGGUAAUGCGGCUCUGAGAGACAGCCUGACUUUUCACAGGCAAACGACUUUAAGUGGCAACUCCACCCAUCAUCUAAGAAGCAUCAAGAACAUCUCUGUCCCAGGACAAGUGAAGAAGAAGGAGGAGGAGAUUGAUUUUGAGACUCCUGGCUCCAUUCUGGUGAACACUAAUCUCCGUGCCCUGAUAAACGUGCGAACGUUCAAUGCUCUACCAAUGCACCUCCAACAGCAGCUACUACUACUUCUUCCAGAUGUGGACAGGCAGGUGAGCCCGGAUGGACAGCUGCGGAUGAGCUGCAGCGCCCUUAACAACGAAUUCUUUGCUCAUGCGUGCCAAAGAUGGCGGGAGAGGCUGGCAGAAGGUGAAUUUACCCCAGAGGCUCAGAUGAGGAUGAGGCAGGAGAUGGGAAAGGAGAAGAAAGUUGAAGACUGGAAAGAGAUGUUUUUUGAAGAUUUCUAUGGACAAAAGCUCGGAUAUUCAGAGGAGCUGGGGUCUGAUUUGGAAGAGAAGUCUAUGGAGACGACCUGUCUACAGCAAGAGAAGCCAAGAACCACCCCAGAACCUGCUCAGAAACAAGAAAAGGUUCCUGAGGUUCACAUCAGAACUCGGAGAAGUCUCUACAGGAACACAGAGAAGAUCCAGAGGAACGUACCAACGGCUGCAGAGGUCAAAGCCUCUACCACCUUUCCUGCACCUCCAGAGAGAACAGAGUCUGAUCCUUCAUCUGUGGAGAACAGAUUGUCACCACAAGAUGACCUGAGCCUCCCAUCUACCUCUGAGAGAGUGCCGGAGCUUCAUCCUGAGACUGCUUCAGAGCAGAAAAGGAAAAGCGCCGAACCAGACACCUCCAGCCCCUCCAUCGAGAAGAAGCCACGGAUGGAACAGCGUCAGUCCUUUCGUAACACAAUUCAGAGCGUUCACCCCGAAAAGCCACAGCCUACCAAAGAAGAACCAAAAGUCCCUCCAAUCCGGAUACAGCUUUCUCGGAUCAAACCUCCCUGGGUGGUUAAAGGUUUGCCAGCUUACCAGAUCUGCCCCCGGAUCAUCCCAAACCCUGAUCCCACUGGGUGCUGGCCUUUUUCCUGCUCGCCUGCUGACAGUCAGACCUGUGACAAUCACUCCCAAGCCUCCGGUGGUGAAGGUAGAGGCGACAGUGGUUUCCUCUGCCAUCAGCCAGACAAAAGAAGCUGCUGCUCCAGAGGUUCCAGAAGAAGCAGAAAGAGACAUAGACAUAGAGAGAAAUCAGCAAAUCACUGCAGAACACAAUUACUGCCGGCCAUUACAGUGAAGCCAGAGAAACCAGAAGUUCCAAGGGUCAAAAUCAGGGUGUCAAGUGGUACAGUCGACAUCAUAGAUGACUGUGGCCUGACUGACUCUCUUACCAAAGAACACCACCUCGAUAAUGUAUCCCCCCCAGAGGACCUCUCCCAGUGUGGAGAUCAGGCAGUUUCUAUGGCAGAUGCAGAGGAGGAGAAUAUGUGCAGUGAUGAGAGGAUGUUGGCGCCUUCUGUAGAUGGCAUCUUGGGACAAGCAUUUGAGACCGCAUCGUGUGUUCUGGGUGAUGUCUCCAACACAUUUCAAAACCGGAUCAAACAGGCCACGUCCUGCUCUACUGAAAAGGAUUCCUCAGAAAAGAAACCGGAUGCAAUGCCGGCGGAUAUUGCGGAGCACCAUGUACUCCCUACAUCCUCCCUAGUGCAGCUACACUCAUUGGACACAACUAAAACCUCACCCCUAGGACAGUUGCCAGUGCAUGUGAAUGACCCCUCAACACCUGGCACUCUGUUGGACGCGGUAGUUGACCUACAUGGUAAUGGUCGCCAUCAUGAUAGUGUUCCUUAUCCUUCAGUUAGCAACUCGCAAGAGCCAAAUGAUUCUGAUCCUCCCCAUGGUGCUUUACAGGCAGAAUCCUUUCAGGAGACAUUGGUGACCCAACAGUCGCUCACCACUGAGAAUGUUGGCGCGUGUACGCCUGUACCUGACUCCUUAAAUGAUGGUUAUAAAGGAAAUCUAGAGGUUGCCUCCCCUAUCGGUGCCAUUCUUUGCACAGCAGAGGAUGAUCUUCCCAAACACAGUAAAGUUAGUGAUUUUUCAGUGAGUACUAACAGACUGGAGAGGUUAUGCAUGCCCUCUGGUUUGUCACCUCCGAAUCUUGAGCCUGGAAAGCACGGCAGCCCUGGCUCCACCACCUCCGUGCCAUCAUCCGACCCUUGCCCCUUUAAGGAGACUAUUCAAUCACUGAAUAAUUCAUUUGGAAUUGCUGAUAAGAUUCCCUUAUUACUAGAUAUGUCCUUCCUCCAAUUCCCAAAGGAGAUGGGGGUCCGUGUCCAGUUGCCAGUAGACCUGGCGAGGUCUCCCCAUCACAAGAUGAAAGAAUCCUUCUUGGAGAUGCUGUCACAGGAUGUUGGCUCCUACCAUUACUCUGCAGGGGUUCGUCUUUCCUCAUCGCCCGGAGUGACGGGCAGCGCCUCGCUUUCUGUGGAGGUCUUCUCUGAACAUAGCGAUGGUGGGGAAGAGCAGGUGUCACUGCGAUGUUCUUGCAGCUUCAAAGCCAUGACCUUGUGUGAGGGGUGUGGGGCUUUUUGUCACAUCGACUGCAUUGGACCUUCCAAACUCUGUGUAUCGUGCCUUGUCAUAAGAUAGUGGACUGACAGCUUUGAAGGCGGCAUUUUUGUUUAGCAAGAUAGUCGGCAACCUGCUCUCUUUCCGGGUGGGGGUGAAACUACAGCUCCCAGCAUUUGUUCUACCCCCACCUCCUGGAAAGGAGCACAGGAUGGCGAGCACUGGUUUUUAGUGUUGGUAUUUUACCUGUUAUCCGGAGUUCCGGGAUGUUCAUAUUGUAUUAUGCUUCUUUUUGUUAGAAAUUGAAAAACCUGCUGAUGAAUAUUAUUCAGCUCUUAUUGUGAUACAGACCCUAUUGAGGGGGCAGUAAUGGGGGCGCUGUUUGGUCACCUGGCUACUUUGCGUUUUGUACCCAUAGUGUCAGUUACACCCAAAACCCACAAAAUUUGCAUAGGAGUGUAUCAGUUGUUUCCAGACUUUCUUCCCUUCUAGUAAAGUUUCAGAGCCUGAUAGGAAAACGCUGCAAAAAUAAACAGUUUCCUAUCCUGGCCCAGUCCAGUGUCCCCCAUUGACCAGAUGACUUGAACGGACAGUAAGAUUGGCUCUGGCACCAGUUUCCCUCCAGAGUGGUAGUAAAAUACCAAAGGUAAGCUGAUGCCAGGACCGAGCCAGUUAUUCUCAGAGAUUGUUUAAAGGAGUACUCCACCCCUAGACAUCUUAUCCCCUAUACA